AUGACGACAUCUUCCACUGGGGCUCAGGGCCAUUUUACAGUGGGGAAGGAGCUGGAUUCUGUUUCAACAGCCUUGGAUACAAAUGAGCUCAGGAAUGCUGAUCUCCUGGAAGCACAGAGAGGGUUCUUGCAAUCUGGAACUCACACAAAUACAGCCCUUAUAUCGGUGCAAGAUUCAUCACCUGGACCACGCAGAUGCACGGAACUUGAAGAGAGGGUUCGCUCACCAGGGCUGUCUCUCAGAUGGACACUAAAAAUGUUGGAUGAUCUGUUAUCCUCUCUAACAUGGACUUUUGCAACAUGGAGUCUUCAACUACUAGUUAAAGUUAAAGUUGUUCUGAAAGAGGCCUUGAAGGAGGACCGAGAGUGCACUGAUGGUCUUGCAGCGAUGCUGGUCAUGAUGACACAUUUCAAAGAGGCAGAUUACACCCUUUUUCUCCUUCCUGAUGUGACUACAACUCCUGCUGAUUCUGAGGCCCAGUUCUCCUUUCCCAUUACCACAAGGCUCCUUGUGCAAGGAGACACUGUGUGGUCUGCAAACAAGUGGAUGCUGUCCAUAGAGGACUGUGCUGUAAUCCCACAUUCACCUCUCAUGCCAGAUUUUACAACUGCCUUGGCUGUCUUGUUUGCCAGUUUCUAUGUGUUUAAUAUUAUAUAUCAGGUGGAAGCAGCCACAACACUGAGGUUUGUUCAGAGGGAUCUGUCAUUCCUUUUGCUGUGGAACAGCACUGUGGAAGUGAUGGACUGAACAGAAUCCUUGAGAUCCCAAGAGGCAAAGAGCCAUAGACCUUUUUGCUCAGUAACGUCACUUUUGUUCAACUAUGGAAUAGGGUGGGCUCUCUGUCCAUGCAGAUUUGUCUGUAAAUGGAAACACUGUUAUGAAAAUGUUGAUGUAAUUAAGUCUUAAAAUAAGUUAUAUCGGUUAAAUAAGUUUUAAAUAGAGCUGUUAAGGAUACAGUGCCUUUUCAACUACAGAACAUCUGUAAAAUGGCUUGGCAGAAGAAAUGGCUUCAUAUUUUUUAUGUUGAUUUGUUUUCACCACUGUUUUUUUAGGAUGGACCACACCGAAUCUCACCGAAAUUAAAUUGACUUGACUUUUUAAAUAUGCAAUCCUCAUGUUUUUGAUAUUAAUAUCCAUUGUUGAAGGGUUGCUAAUAUUUUAAAUGUGUAGCGAUUGCAGCUGCUUGUCAGUUAUGCACAGUUGAAAAGACAUGGAAGAUAAUUGUACAUGCAAUGGAAGACAAACUUCAUAAUGUACGUGUGUGGUAGCCAGGGCUGGACUGGUAAUCUCGCAUACUGAGCAUUUUCCCGGUGUGCCGACGCACUUUGUGGCUGAUCAGGUGUGGACUGGCCAUCGGGAGAACCGAGCAGGCCGGUGGGUCAGCCGCGAAACGGGCCGAAUGGGCCGUGAUAAGCUAAAAUGAGUUGAAUGUAUGGUUUGCUGUCUUUCUGCAGUUAUUGUUGAAGCUUAAAUCUUUUUUUUUUUAUAUACUUUUAUUUUAACAGCAGAAUACUGGUAAUCUGUAAAUUGUUUUAUUUAACAGUUACAUU